GGCGCGGCGGAACUGCGAAACAAAGGAAGAAUGAAGUCAACAAAGGUUCGUGAGUCAUCAUUUUUGGAAUCUCAUGAUCACGUUCUUUUGGAUAUUCCUGUCACUAGAGAGCAGAUGAAUCAUUAUCGAGCUGCAGCUGAAACUGCUCAAAGUGAACUUGCAGCACUUUCAGUGAAGUAUGACUGUGCCCAGUCAGAGCUGCUUAAACUCAGGUCGAGCAUGAUCUCUAAAGAAGCUUCUUUCCAAGAGCUGAAGGCUGAAGCUGAAAGCCAUAAGGAAAACAAUGCUAGACUGAUGUCUCGCCUCCUUUCUUUGCAAACACGAAUCCAGGAGAUGGAAGAAGAGCUGUGCGUGCUUGCUGCUUCUAAAAACCAGGCUGAGCUGGCAGCUCAGGUGGCAUGUAAGGAAAACUUGGAGCUGAAGGAGGAGCUCCAUGAGAAAAGUGCAGAACUAAAUAAAUAUUUGAAUGAGUGUGAAGAAAACAUGACUCAAGCUUCUAAAAUCAGUAAAAACUAUGAAGAGCUCCUCACACAUCUUUCUGGAUUCUUGGACGUAGACAUCAGAGAAAAAGAGAAACCACAAGAAGAUUUAACAUCAAAGGUCUCUGAAAUAUGUAAAGAAAAUGUGACACUAAAACACCAGGUUGCUGCUCUUCAAGAAGCUGUGAAUGUCCAUGAGAUGGAGUCUAAAGCUAACAGAGAAACUAUCAUGAGACUGGUUUCAGAAGUGGCCAAGGAGCAGAAAAAGGCAGCAGGACACUACCAAGACAUGGAAAAACUUAGUAAGGAUCUUGACAGGGCUAUAAUAAAGAGGCAGAGUUUAGAGAUGGAGAUCAGAAACCUCCAAGAGAAACUGACUGUUAACCAGAAAGCUUUGGACACCUCAAAGCAGGAGCUGCACAAUCUGAAGAAAUCUUCCAGUGAGUUGGAUGCAAGCUUGAAGAGUAGCAGAGAAGAGGCCAGGACUGCUCAGAGCUCUUUAGAGGCUUUUAAAGAAGAAAUUGCUGCCCUGCUCAGCUGUGGGUCUGCAAUAGUUAAACCUUCUGAGAAGGCCAUUUUGGAGAGGAUCCAAGAAAUAAAUUGCAAAGAGAAGAAUAAAGAAAUAAUGGUAUCUCAGCUUGAAACACAAUUAGCUAAAUUGACUAAAGCUUUGGAAAAUCAGACCAGAUUGUACCAUGAAGCCCUGGAGAGGAGCAGGAAAGCUGAAAAAUGUUCUGAGAAUUUCCACGAUCAACUGAAGCACUUGGAAGAGGAAUUAUUAAAUGGAGACCUGAUGCAAGAUGGUUUGAAGCUUGAGAAACAAAAAUAUCUGAAAUUUCUGGAGCAACUUAAUGAGAAGAUGAAUCUGGACAGUCUAGCAGCAGAGGUUGGAUUUGAUAUGGCCAUGGAUGUGAUUCUGGCCCGGGUAGAGCAGUUGGUGAAACUGGAAGGGGAUGCAGUGGUUGAGAACAAGACUGUGGCAUACAGCCUCAGAAGGAAGUUGAAGGCUCAGAAAGAAAAGCUUGAAAGCAGAGAGCUGCACAUGAACCUUCUGCGGCAGAAAAUAACCCAGCUGGAAGAAGAGAAGCAAGUAAGGGCUGCCUUAGCUAUGGAAAGGGAUGAGGCCAAUCUCGCUGUCAGAAAGUUACAUAAGAUGAUAGAGAGGCUACAGAAGCAGCUUGAUUUGGCAAGGGAAACAAAUACUGAUCUCAAAGCCAAGCUGUCUGAAACCAGUGAACUUAAGAUCAAAACUUUGGAGCAGAACAGAACAAUAGAAGAACUCAGUAAGUCUCAAGACAAAUUGGAAAGAAUGAAAGAAAAAGCUGAGAAACAACUUAGAUCUGCCAAAUCAGAACUUCUUUUAAAGGACCGUAAAGCUACUGAAGAUAAAGAAAAGAACAAAAAUAUGUUAGAAGCAGUUACCAGUGAGAUGAAGGUGCUUAAAACAACCCUUGCAGAACUAGCAAAAAGAGAGAGACAGCUGGCAGAUUUCCGAGAGGUGGUCUCGCGGAUGCUGGGCCUCGACAUUGCCAGCCUGGCUCUUCCUGACUAUGAAAUUAUUUCACGCCUUGAAGGGCUGAUCCACUCCCAUCAGCACCACUUCUUCCCCUGUGUCUGCCUCAGAGAUGUGGCAAGGACCCCAGAGGAGCAGCAAAGAAACCUCCAGCUUCUUCACUGAACGGAGAUGGAACAA